AUGCGCACUUCACGGGUCUCCCAGGAGACAUCCCGCUUGGUGAAUGCCUUGUCCACAGGCCGUCGUAUCACACGACAAAGUGUAACAAAGUCGAACUACUUGGGCGCCAGAGGAACCACGAGGUCCAGUACGACUCGGGAUACCAGAACGCUCAAGGACGAAGAGCAGCAGGAGGACUGUGUGCGAAUUAAAUCCGAAAAUGGAGAUCUAAGCGGCGAGGAAGGGAGCCCUGCUCUUUCAGAGACUAAUACAACUGAUAUCGAGGACCUUUUUAAACCAGAAACGAGUCCUGGACCAAGCUCCCGUAAGCGAAAGUGGGAACACGGGCCUGCGAAAAAUGGGGGUUCUUUACUGCGAAAACCACAAAAGGUUAUUGUAAAAGAAGAAGAGCCGGGUCAGCCUAUCUUUCCAAAGAAAAAGGCUGCGAAAUCUCGGAAAGCAAUCCCCCCGCCCGGAUCUAUCCCUGCCCCGGCAAACUGGGAGAAGAUGUAUAAUACCGUCAAGGAGAUGCGUCUACGAAAUCCCACAGCGCCCGUUGAUACCAUGGGCUGUGCGGAACUCUAUUGGCGCAACUCCUCUGAGCAAGAACGGCGCUUCCACAUCCUUGUUGCUCUAAUGCUGUCUUCCCAGACAAAAGAUACGGUAACCGCCGUUGCAAUGCAACGCCUGCACACACAGCUCGGCCCAGAGCAUGACAACAGCGAACACGAUACAAAGGAGCAGACACCAGCCCUACGAUGGGAUGCUGCCACCCAUUCCGGUGCCCACUCCACUCUCACCAUUGCCAAUAUCCUCCGUGUCUCCCCUACCCGCUUAAAUCAACUCAUUCGCACCGUGGGCUUUCACAACCAAAAGACCAAAUACAUCCAGACUACCGCAUCUCUCCUACAGGCUAAUUACGGAUCGGAUAUCCCACGCACUGCCGCUGAACUCAUGACGUUGCCGGGUGUGGGCCCGAAGAUGGCGUACCUCUGUAUGAGCUCCGCGUGGGGUGUAGAUGAUGGGAUCGGUGUAGACGUACAUGUACAUCGAAUUACGAAUAUGUGGGGAUGGGUGAAGACAAAAGCGCCAGAGGAGACGCGGGUGCUACUCGAGGCGUGGCUGCCGAAGGAGAAGUGGAGAGAGAUUAAUUGGUUGCUGGUGGGACUGGGGCAGACGGUCUGUUUGCCGGUCGGCAAGAGGUGUGGAGACUGUGCGUUAGCGGGUACGGGGUUGUGUAAAGGGGAGGUUAAGGGCAAGAAAGUCAUAAAGAAGGAGAACGUUAUGAUGAACGAACAGAUGGAAAUCAAGGUGGAGGAAGAUGUCUGA